AUGUCUAUUCGUCCCGCAAGUCAUGCAGGGACAUGGUAUCCAAAUAGUACCAUUAAAUUGGGAUCGCAAUUGGAAGGGUUCUUUAAACAAGCUCAUAAUGUAAGUAGCAACGGAAAGCCGGUAAAGGGAGCUAGGAUAUUGAUUGGUCCACACGCGGGAUUUGCCUAUAGUGGAGCAAGACUUGCUGAGACGUUUACGGCGUGGGAUACAUCGAAAGUCAAACGGGUGUUUAUAUUGGGUCCAUCACAUCACGUAUAUUUUAAGAGCUCUGCUUUGGUUUCAAGAUAUGAGUAUUAUGAGACGCCAUUCGGAAAAUUGCCCGUGGAUGUUGAAGUUACGAAGCAAUUAACCGGUAUUGAGGGCUCGAAGGGAAGUCGAGUUUUUAAGUACAUGAGUGAAGAUGUUGACGAUGACGAGCAUUCGUUUGAAAUGCAUACCCCUUUUAUUUACUACAAAUCUAAGCAUUUGCCUCAAGGUGUACCUCUGAUUAUUCCGAUUAUGAUUAGCGGAAUGGGCGAUCGUUUGAGUACAGAUAUAGUGGAUGCUUUAUUGCCAUAUUUAGACGAUGAAGAGAAUACAUUCAUAAUUAGUUCUGAUUUUUGCCAUUGGGGGUCUAGGUUUGGUUACACUAAAUAUCUACUUCAGAAGCCUACGAAAGGAAUCCAGGAAGAUGAUCUAAUCAAUUUACGUCAUUCUACAAAGAUGAAGUCCACAGAUCUACCAAUUUACCAAUCGAUAGAACUUUUGGACAGAGAGGCCAUGAAUAUUGCAUCAGCAGGAUCCUAUAAUCUUUGGCAGCAAUACAUUUCUGUUACAAGUAAUACAAUCUGUGGUCAAAAGCCAAUAGGUAUUAUUUUGAGACUUCUCGAAGAAUAUGAAAAAUCGGGUAAGUCCAUUGUAACCGGCAGUAAGGUAUUCAACUGGAUCAAUUAUUCUCAAAGUAGUGAAGUCCAUAAACACCACGACAGCAGUGUCAGUUAUGCCUCAGGCUAUGUUCAAUUAACGUGA